CAGUUCGUGGCUGCGCGAUCGUGAGGACGGUCGGGAUUUUCGUCGUCACUUCGCUCAGAUCAGACUUCCGCGGCGUAGGUCCUCUUUCCGAAGAAGAAGAGGAAGGAGAAGAAGAGAAAGAAGAAAAGGAAUUGAGUUAGGAGAUAAGAGGAGGAGGAGGAGGAGGAGGAGGAAGAGGAGGAGGAAGAAUUGAAGACGAAUACGAACACGAAUAGAGACGAAGAAUAAAAAGAAGAAGGCAAGACAAAGACAAAAGAACGACGAGGAGAGUGCAACGACUACGAGUCUCUCUUUCUCUCUCUCUCUCUCUUUCUCUCUCUUUCUCCCCCCCCUUUUUCUCUAUAGUGUAAUCAAGGGCGUAGAUAACGCAUUAAUAAGACGUCUAAAAUGUUCUCCGGUUUAACGAACCAAGUUUCAAAUUGGAUGGGAAAGAAAGCCGACGAAGCUCCAGAACUUCCGCCGGAGGAAAAGAUUCCACCGGUCGAAGGUGGCGAACUCGUCGAGGGCGAGAAAAAAGACAGUCCCACAAAAGGCAGCAAGUUCGACAUGCUGGUUGGUGUAAAAUCUCAAAUGACUGGUUGGCUCAGUGGUGGUAUCCCAGGAUUGAGUCGUGGUGGACCGAAUGACAAUAAUACUCACGUGCCAUCAACGGAAACGAAUGAAAUUCAAAACGUACAAAAUCCCCAAGAGAUCACGACAGAACAAACGAAGGACGACGAUGCCAGCAGUGCAACUGGAGGAGCAGAUAGUGGUCCUGGUAGUCUAGGAGGAACACCGACCGAGGACAAGGAAGGACAACAACCUUUUGGUGCUGUUUCAACGAAAGCAUUGGCAGGCGCGAAGAGCCUCGGAGGAUUUUUGUACAGCGCUGUGAACAAGGCCGGCAAGACAGUAGUCGAGGCCAGUGUGAAAAUCAAGAAGACGGUUGAAGAAAACAGACUGAUUGCCGAACUCAAUAAAGAGCAAGAGGCUUUCAUCGCGAGUAAGCAAAAUGGAAAAGGCGAAGCAGUCGCCCCAUGGGUUGGAGCACCGAACGAGGAUGUAUUGCGCGAGGAAUGUCUGUCUCUAUCUACGGAACGUCGUAACUUCACGAGAGCACCACCACCCGACGUUGAAUUCGCUUGGGAUUUCGAAGCCGUUCAGCCUGUGGCACGAGCCACACUUGCCCUGGACCCUAAUCUCGAGAAGAUGAGAUACGAAUUGGUUCCGAAAGUCGUAUCGGAGGACGAAUUUUGGCGCAAUUAUUUCUACCGAGUGUCGUUACUACGACAGAGCCACGAGCUUAACGCGAUGGCCAACCAACAGCAAAGUGAAAACCCCAAUCAAAAUCUCAGCACCACCGAUAGCAUGGAUCAUACUCAAGUUCAAGUGACCACUGGCCAAGAAACGAGUACCACUGUGACGACGGGCAAUAACAACACGUUGGCCGAUUCACCAGGUCACGAAUUCGUUUCCGAUAGUAUGAGGGUCUCGGACACGGACCUUGAGGAGGUUCGAGAAGGCAUGAAAAAGCUGGGAAUGCAACCAUCGAAAGAACUCUCUUCUCGUUUAUGUUGAGCCUUGCGUAUAUCUCGAGAAAUCUAAUGACGCCUGUCAACUAAACGACCGCUUUCCAUUUCUAUUUUGUCAACAGCCUAAAAAGAAGAGGAGAACUCCCAUAUUGCCAUUAUCCAAAAAGCACACCCCCCGAUUCUUCAGAGAAUACGACAAGCUUAAACCCUUUUCUUUUAUUAUUAUUUCUCUUUUCCGUUUUCCUUUUCUUUCGUAAAAUCGACGAUUUCGGUUCUGAUGUUAUUUUUUUUCUUUUUCGUUUCUUCUUUCGUUCUUUCUUUUUUUUUUUUUUGUUUUCCUUGAAUUUAAAUUUCCGUGAUAACACUCAAAUGAAACGUCUCUCUUUUUAUUUUUUUACAUUCAUUACCAUUGCGCAUUACUUUCAUUUACUAACUAUUCAUCAAACGAGUUAGUAUUAUUAUUAUUAUUAUUAUUAUUAUUAUUAUUAUUAUUAUUAUUAUUAUUAUUAUUAUUAUUAUUAUUAUUAUUAUUAUUAUAUAUUAUAUAUUAUAUAUUAUACAUGUUAUUAGCAUUAAUUAUUUAUUAUUAUUAUUAUUAUUAUUAUUAAAUUAUGCACCGACGAUCCUUUUUUCCCAAACGACUACGUUCGAUUCAUUCUCUCAUCGCCGACAGUCAUCGCGAUUUCAUGUCGGUCGUCUAAGAUCACUUCUAAACUAAUUGAAAGUUUAGGAAUAUUAUUAUGAUUAUUGUUACACUGUCAUCGCUGGUUAUACAUAUUAUUGUCAUAAAUAACCUAGUCAGUAAUAAGAAUUAAUAAUGUUCGAGGUAAUGUAAGAAAAAGAAAAAAAAAACAAACAAACAAAAAAAGCUAAUAAGUUAGGUAUUUAAGAGCAAGAGAGUGUAGUAUUUAUGAGGUAAUAGAAAGUGUUGUAAUCAGUAUGAGAGGAAUGGUAUGAGAGAAAG